CAGCGGCUCGGCCACCAUCGCCGAGGCGCCGCUGCUCCCACAGACGCUCGCGAGCCGCCCCCCGCGCUCCCAGCCUCCUCUUCCUCCCGCACGCCCGAGACGCUCGCCCGGCUCGGGUCUAGCUCCCGCCUCCGCCUCCCCGCUUGUCUCCCCUCGUUCGCCUCCCACAUUGUCUCUGCCUCGUUUUCUCUCCUAGUUGAGAGGAAAAAAAAAAAAAAAAAUCACCAUCAUCCUACGGGAGCCCCCUCGCCCUCAGAAAAACUAAACCAGACAUGAGCCUGGGCUCUCGCUCCUGAAGGACUGGCCGAGCGCAGAGGCUGGUGGGGCCCGCACGAAAGGUCACGGGAGGGAAGCCCCCGUAGCCCCUGGCUCUGUUCCCGCGGCCGGCCCGCCCUCGGCCCGAGUCCGGCGGCCCCAGCCCCGCGGGCCUGCAGCCCCGUCCCCCCACUUUCCCGGGAGCCGGCCGAACACACCUCCAUUGAUGGUGUAGCGCAUCCGGGGGAGCAUUUUUGAAACGUUGGGGUUGUUGGAGUGGUUGGAUUUUCCCUGGAAUUGAGUGAGAAAUUCAGAAGACUGAAGCCCAGGCUUACUGUCUACCUUUCACGGAGGCCCAGCCGUGAGAGGACAGAAGAAGGCACGUGGCGAAUCAUGACAGCUGACAAAGACAAAGACAAAGACAAAGAGAAGGACCGGGACCGAGAUCGGGACCGGGAGAGAGAGAAGCGGGACAAAGUGCGUGAGAGUGAGAACUCAAGGCCCCGCAGGAGCUGUACCCUGGAAGGAGGAGCCAAAAAUUACGCCGAGAGUGAUCACAGCGAAGACGAGGACAAUGACAACAACAGUGCCACCACAGAGGAGUCCACGAAGAAGAACAAAAAGAAGCCCCCGAAAAAAAAAUCUCGUUACGAAAGGACAGACACCGGCGAGAUAACAUCAUACAUCACGGAGGAUGAUGUCGUCUAUAGACCAGGAGACUGUGUGUAUAUCGAGAGUCGGAGGCCCAACACACCGUAUUUCAUCUGUAGCAUCCAAGACUUCAAACUGGUCCACAACUCCCAGGCCUGUUGCAGAUCUCCAACUCCUGCUUUGUGUGACCCCCCAGCAUGCUCUCUGCCGGUGGCAUCACAGCCACCACAGCAUCUUUCUGAAGCCGGGCGAGGGCCUGUAGGGAGUAAGAGGGACCAUCUACUCAUGAACGUCAAAUGGUACUACCGUCAGUCUGAAGUCCCAGAUUCUGUGUACCAGCAUUUGGUUCAGGAUCGACAUAAUGAAAAUGAUUCUGGAAGAGAACUUGUCAUAACAGACCCAGUUAUCAAGAACCGAGAGCUCUUCAUUUCCGAUUAUGUUGACACUUACCACGCUGCCGCCCUAAGAGGGAAGUGUAACAUCUCCCAUUUUUCUGACAUAUUUGCUGCUAGAGAGUUUAAAGCCCGAGUGGAUUCAUUCUUCUACAUACUAGGCUACAACCCUGAGACAAGGAGACUGAACAGUACCCAGGGCGAAAUUCGUGUUGGUCCUAGCCAUCAGGCCAAACUGCCCGACCUGCAACCAUUCCCUUCUCCCGAUGGAGACACUGUGACCCAGCAUGAGGAACUGGUCUGGAUGCCUGGUGUUAAUGACUGUGACCUCCUUAUGUACUUGAGGGCAGCAAGGAGCAUGGCAGCCUUCGCCGGGAUGUGUGACGGAGGCUCCACGGAAGAUGGCUGUGUGGCGGCUUCGCGGGAUGACACCACCCUCAACGCACUGAAUACGCUCCAUGAAAGCGGCUAUGAUGCUGGCAAAGCUCUGCAGCGGCUGGUGAAGAAGCCUGUGCCCAAGCUGAUUGAGAAGAGCUGGACCGAGGAUGAAGUGAAACGCUUCGUUAAGGGGCUUAGGCAGUACGGCAAGAACUUCUUCAGAAUUAGAAAGGAGCUGCUUCCCAAUAAGGAAACAGGAGAACUGAUCACCUUCUAUUACUACUGGAAGAAAACCCCAGAAGCAGCCAGCUCCCGGGCCCACCGCAGGCACCGUAGGCAGGCCGUGUUCCGGAGGAUCAAGACCCGCACUGCGUCCACGCCUGUCAACACGCCCUCCAGACCCCCGUCCAGUGAAUUCUUGGACCUGAGUUCCGCCAGUGAGGAUGACUUCGACAGCGAGGACAGUGAGCAGGAGCUGAAGGGCUACGCCUGCCGCCACUGCUUCACCACCACCUCCAAGGACUGGCACCACGGGGGCCGGGAGAACAUCCUGCUGUGCACCGACUGCCGCAUCCACUUCAAGAAGUACGGCGAGCUGCCCCCCAUUGAGAAGCCUGUGGACCCCCCACCCUUUAUGUUCAAGCCCGUCAAAGAGGAAGACGAUGGGCUCAGCGGGAAGCAUAGCAUGAGGACACGGCGGAGUCGUGGCUCGAUGUCUACACUGCGCAGUGGUCGGAAGAAGCAGCCAGCCAGCCCUGAUGGUCGUGCCUCGCCCAUCAAUGAAGACAUCCGUUCCAGUGGCCGGAACUCUCCCAGCGCGGCCAGCACCUCCAGCAACGAUAGUAAAUCAGAGACAGUGAAGAAGUCAGCCAAGAAGGUGAAGGAGGAAGCCACGUCCCCUCUUAAGAGCACCAAGCGCCAGCGGGAGAAGGGGACCUCGGAUACAGAAGAGGCCGACAGGACUAGCUCCAAGAAGACAAAAACCCAGGAGAUCAGCCGGCCCAACUCGCCAUCCGAAGGCGAGGGAGAGAGCUCGGACAGCCGCAGUGUCAAUGAUGAGGGUAGCAGUGACCCCAAAGACAUCGACCAGGACAAUCGCAGCACGUCCCCCAGCAUUCCCAGCCCCCAGGACAAUGAGAGUGACUCGGACUCCUCGGCCCAGCAGACGACACAGCCCUCUGCCCUGCAGGCUCCUGGAGGGGCUGCCCCAGCCCCCUCCUCUGCCUUGCCAGGGACUGCCCAGCUGCCCACCCCGGGGCCCACGCCCGCCCCCGCUGCCCCCUCACAGGGGUCCCCCUCGGCCUCACAGCCCCCCACGCAGCCACAGGCCCCCUCAGCUGCUGCUCCCCAUGCCCACAUCCAGCAGGCGCCUGCUCUCCACCCACAGCGGUUGGCCUCACCACACCCCCCGCUGCAGCCGCUGACAGGCCCGGCUGGCCAGACCACCGGCCCGCCCCACACCCAGCCCCCCGUGCACAGUCAGGGCCCGCCCGGCCCUCAUGGCCUCCAGGCUGGGUCCCUACUGCAGCACCCGGGGCCCCCACAGCCCUUUGGCCUCCCUCCCCAGGUGUCCCAGGCAGCAGCCCACCCUCACACCUCCCUGCAGCCCCCUGCCCCUCAGUCGGCCUUGCAGCCCCAGCAGCCCCCCCGGGAGCAGCCCCUGCCCCCAGCACCCCUGGCCAUGCCCCACAUCAAGCCCCCGCCCACCACGCCCAUCCCCCAGCUGCCAGCGCCCCAGGCUCACAAGCACCCGCCUCACCUCGCGGGGCCCUCUCCCUUCUCCAUGAACGCCAACCUCCCGCCCCCUCCCGCCCUGAAGCCCCUGAGCUCUCUGUCCACUCACCACCCGCCCUCAGCCCACCCCCCGCCCCUGCAGCUCAUGCCACAGAGCCAGCCACUGCCCUCGUCCCCUGCACAGCCCCCGGUGCUGACCCAGAGCCAGGGCCUGCCCCCCACUGCCACCUCCCACCCCGCCGCGGGCCUCCACCAGGUGCCCCCUCAGCCCCCAUUUGCUCAACACCCCUUUGUCACUGGGGGCCCCCCUCCCAUCACCCCUCCGACUUGCCCCCCCACCUCUACUCCUCCGGCGGGAUCUGGCCCCUCGGCCCAGCCGCCCUGCUCGGCUGCCGUUUCUUCGGGAGGCAGCGUACCUGGGGGGGCAGCCUGCCCACUCCCCACUGUCCAGAUCAAGGAAGAGGCUCUGGACGAUGCUGAGGAGCCCGAGAGCCCCCCUCCCCCGCCUCGGAGCCCAUCCCCUGAGCCCACUGUGGUGGACACCCCCAGCCAUGCCAGCCAGUCCGCCAGGUUCUACAAACACCUGGACCGGGGUUACAACUCGUGUGCACGGACCGACCUGUACUUCAUGCCUCUGGCGGGAUCCAAACUGGCCAAGAAGAGGGAGGAGGCCAUCGAGAAGGCCAAGCGAGAGGCAGAGCAGAAGGCGCGAGAGGAGCGGGAGCGGGAGAAGGAGAAGGAGAAGGAGCGAGAACGCGAGCGGGAACGGGAGCGCGAGGCCGAGCGAGCGGCCAAGGCGUCCAGCUCAGCACAUGAAGGCCGCCUCAGCGACCCCCAGCUUGGUGGUCCCGGCCACAUGCGGCCAUCCUUUGAGCCCCCACCCACCACCAUCGCGGCCGUGCCCCCCUACAUUGGGCCUGACACGCCGGCCCUCCGGACUCUGAGCGAGUACGCCCGGCCCCACGUCAUGUCGCCCACCAACCGCAACCACCCCUUCUACGUGCCCCUCAACCCCACCGACCCGCUGCUGGCCUACCACAUGCCUGGCCUCUACAACGUCGACCCCACCAUCCGUGAGCGGGAGCUGCGGGAGCGUGAGAUCCGAGAGCGGGAGCUCCGGGAGCGGGAGCUGCGGGAGCGGAUGAAGCCGGGCUUUGAGGUGAAGCCCCCGGAGCUGGACCCCCUGCACCCGGCGGCCAACCCCAUGGAGCACUUCGCCCGGCACGGCGCCCUCACCAUCCCCCCUGCUGCUGGCCCCCACCCUUUUGCGUCUUUCCAUCCUGGCCUGAACCCCCUGGAGAGGGAGAGACUGGCCCUGGCCGGGCCCCAGCUGCGGCCCGAGAUGAGCUACCCGGACAGACUGGCAGCCGAGCGCAUCCACGCCGAGCGCAUGGCCUCGCUGACCAGCGACCCCCUGGCCCGGCUGCAGAUGUUCAACGUGACCCCGCACCACCACCAGCACUCCCACAUCCACUCACACCUGCACCUCCACCAGCAGGACCCCCUCCACCAAGGUUCAGCAGGCCCCGUUCACCCGCUGGUCGACCCCCUGACCGCUGGCCCUCACCUGGCGCGCUUUCCCUACCCCCCUGGCACCCUCCCCAACCCUCUGCUUGGACAGCCCCCCCAUGAGCACGAGAUGCUCCGUCACCCAGUUUUUGCAGAGGCUGUUUGGUGUUUGGCAGGCACCCCCUACCCCCGAGACCUGCCUGGGGCCAUCCCACCCCCCAUGUCGGCGGCCCACCAGCUGCAGGCCAUGCACGCCCAGUCGGCCGAGCUGCAGAGGCUGGCCAUGGAGCAGCAGUGGCUGCACGGACACCCCCACAUGCAUGGCGGCCACCUGCCCAGUCAGGAGGACUACUACAGUCGACUGAAGAAAGAAGGUGACAAGCAGUUAUAAGUUAUUUAUUUGUUAACGCUGGCUGUGGAAACCCCAAUUCUUGGGGGAGAGAAACAGGACUUUUUACAUACAAUAGGAGCUCUAAAGGCAAAAAGAAUAUCUUCUAAAGAUUUCUUUAUAUAUUUAAAAACCCCACAACUAAAAAUGUAUCAGCAUACAUAGUGUUCGUUUGUAGAGAGGAUUCCUUGAGACUGGUUUGGGUCUCCCUGCAUGACAGUCCCCCAGAAACUUAGUGAGUCCUGGACUGGACUGAACACCCAGAAAGUGCCCCUGCAGUCUUGGGGUUUGGCUUUAGCUUUCUUUUCCUUCCUUGAUUUUUCUCAGUAGGUGCUAGAUCCCAGUUCACACCCUUCAGUGCGUGCAGACACACUCAGUUGCGUGUGUCCCAGAACCCACACGGUCUGCAGCAUCUGAGUUUGGAAUCCAAGAGCUAUAAUUUUUAAAAAAUCUUUUAUUUUAAUACAUUGUAGGAGAUCUUCAUAAUUUGAGGAGGUUCUGUGCAUGGCUUUUUACGUCUGUAAAUAAAUAAUUUUAGAACAGCCUUUUUUUUUUCCUUCCACGAACUACUAUUCUGAUCUAUUUUUUCCAGCCAUGUCACUAAUUGUGAAUUCCUACCAGCUAUUGACAGAAUACAGAGUUGAUUUUUUAAUAAAAAGUUAUAUAUAAUUAUCCCUUUAAUUAAAGGGAACAGAUGGGCGUUACUAGUUACAAAGGGGCAGAGGAGGCUAGGGGCUAGGUUUGGGAGCAGCCAGGGGUUUGCAGGGACAACAUUACAAGCCGUUUCUUUGUGUUGCUGCUUUGGUUCUCGCUCAUGUCUGUUCCUGGCUCGUGCUUUGCCAGUGGUGCAGACUGCGGUGAGCUCAGCCGACUCGCUGUGCCCCGGGAGCGCAGGAGUUGAGUGUCCCCCGUUCUGUCUCUGCGGGCGCGAAAGCACAUGUUCCUGUGUGUCUGGUUGUAGAUUUCCUUGUAGAUUUCUGUACACGCUCAUUUGAUUGGUCUGGUUGAACUGCCUUUUUUUUUUUCCCCUCCAAAUAUUUGGACUAUUUCAUAAACAUCCUAGAAAAUUGAAGCAAACAAUUCUCACUAAGCACGUGUGCUUGCCAAAGGAUCUGUCAGAAGCCUGCUUUCUGGUGUGUGUGGUCAUUUGGAUCUCCUAGUGGGGAAGCCAGGCCAUCCUUGCCCCGCUCAGAGGCUGCUUUGGGGUCAGAGCAUCCCGGAGGUGUCCAGUUGUGGGUGGCAGUCCUGUGUUGUGUCCUUGUAUCACCAUACUUGAUGUCCCGCUCUGCCUCAUGGAAGCAGGACAGGAGUCGCAGACAUAGAGUGGGAGGCAGGCUCCACGUGGGGGCCUCUCCAAGGGGACAGGAAGCCCGGAGCCUGCCUCUGCUCUCCAAGGUGCCCACGUGAUGCCCUUUCUCCAGAACAGAGGGUGAGGACACGAGGGGGCCGUUAUGCACCUGUUUAUCAAACUUUCUGCCUGGACAUGACCUUGUCUGUCCCUCUUCUCUCAGACCCUUGAGGGCCUUUCUUGCCAUGAUGUGCAGGGGCCACAGCCAAGAGUAAAAAGAGAGCAGGAGUCCCACCUGGGGUCAGCGGGCAUGGAGCAUGUCCCAGACCACAGAGGGGUAGGACGAGAGGCUGGCACUUUGACCCAGAAACCAGCAGGUAUUAACUCAGAUUCAGGUUCUGGAUUCAGACCUGUGGUGAGGGCAUUUCCAGUGUCUAUUAAACCAUGUUCAGUUUCAGUUGGGACAGAUAGGGGGUUGUUUGGUCUGUUGAAAAAUUGAAAAUGUUUGUAGUAGUAGGUUUUUUUCUUUGAUUUUUCUCUCAUUCCAUUUCUGCCUUAACUUUAGCUCCUUGAGGGGAGGCAGGCUCAGAUGGAAACUUUGUCAUCACUUUCAUGGCCGGUUGGCCAGGAGCAGUCAUGUUGCCAGGGCUAGCAAUGUGCCAUCGGGGCAGGUUCAGUGCUUCAGGCUUCACGCCUCCGAGCCAGGCCCCUUCCUGCUGCUCCCGGCUCCCGCACGGACACCCCCGCCUGCCCACCCUUCCUCUUCUCCCUUUUGGUAGACCAUGAUGCCUACCGUUUAGUUACACCUUCUUGAUCUCCUCUCUCUAUCGUCCAUUUUUCCAAAGAAGAGAGAGUGAAGUACUUGGGAGUCUGUAUUUGAAAACUGUCUGAAGGCGUUUUCUUGUUUGGUUUUGGUUUUCUCCUCAUGUCCCCAGGUGAAGCACUGAGAUUCUUCCAUUUAAAAACCCACAACCUGAAACCUUCACUGGUCAACUCCAGUGUGUGUAGGAGGCCCCAGACCUUCGCGGUGUCUUUGAAGCCCAACCCCCUGGUUUCCGUUUGGGUUUCCUGCCUUGGUUGGGAGUUGAGUUUUGCGUUUCCGUGUUUCACGUGUAUCUUGUUCACGUCGUCGAGGUCAAGCUUCACUGCGGCAGCAGCAGAGCGGAGUGUACAUUCUGAUUUGCUACGUUUAUAUAUAUCUUGAAGCUAAAUGUAUAUAUGAGUAGUUUGCCAUGAGAUAACACAGUGUAAGCAGUAGACACCCAGAAUUGUGACUUCUGUGUUCUCUCCAUUUGAGUAUUUUGUAAUUUUUUUGAAAUAUUUGUGGACAUAAAUAAAAACAAGCUACACUACA